AAAAUCAGCGUGGCCUGGCUAGACCGUCGUGGCGGCUGGCUUGGGCUCAGCGUGGUUGCUUAGUAACAGGAUACGUCUCGUGACGCUAGGCGCGUUAUGGUUGUCAAAGGCGGUUUUAUUCAAAAUUAGGUUCACACACAUCGCUACACUAUGAUGUUCUUCACGCAACUGUUUACGUCCAAGAGGGGUCCAUUAGCCAAAAUUUGGCUGGCAGCUCACUGGGAGAAGAAGCUUACAAAGGCCCAUGUGUUUGAAUGCAACUUGGAAACAACCAUCAGAGACAUCCUUAACCCUACGAUGAAAAUGAAUUUGAGGACUUCUGGUCAUCUGCUGCUUGGUGUGGUCAGGAUCUACUCCAGGAAGACAAAGUACCUCCUUGCAGACUGCAGCGAUGCCCUGGUGAAAAUUAAAAUAGCUUUUAGGCCAGGUCAGACGGACAUGCCAGUGGAAGGACUGGAGGCAACAGUGAAAGCUAUUACUCUGGUUGAAGACUUUAAUGCCUUUGAUACCCCGCUGCCACUGCCCAGUGACGUUGACGAUGUGGACCCCUUGCCUCUGAACCAGUGUCGAUCGGAGGAAAUUACUCUGAAAGAGGAUUUUGGGCAUCAGUUUCUGAACCUCCAAGACAUCGUAGGAGAUGAGUCACAGAGCCAGGCAAACACACUGCUGGACAGAAGCUUUGCCAGCUUCGCACCACAUACAGACGGAUUUGGAGAUGAGGAGAACGAUUUCGACCUUCUUGACUUCCUGACAAUCCCCAGUGAUCAGUCUGAGCCCACAAACUUCACCCAGGAUGAGCCACAACAUGAAAAUACCUGCGGUUCUAUAAUAAGUGACGAUCAACACCAAAUGGCUGUUGACAGCAGAAUUCCUGAGGAGCGAGAAGCUCCCGCAAUAAAUGAGACCACCCUGCUCACCAACGACGAGGCCGCUUUCGCUUUAGAACCUGUUCCCGUCACGCCAAACUCCGAAACAAAGAUGGGUAAGAGGAAACGUAAAUUGGUGGUGGACCAGACCAAGGAGCUUAGCAACGAAUUCAUCAAGGAUCAGAUCUCAGAUUAUUCAGAUCUGCUGGCUCCGUUGAACAUGGCCCCGCCCACCGUGCAGCUCAUGCGGUGGAAGGAGAGCGGAGGUGCCGACAAACUCUUCUCCAAACCCUGUUGCACUGUGGUGAAUCCACAGAUACAUCUGCUCUUUGCCAAAAGUGUCUUCCAGAUCAAGUAUUACAGCGUGGGGGAUGAGGUCGAACAAAUACGGCAAGAGGAGCACGAAGCUCAGAUGGACCGUGGCGCCCUCACCACGGACAGCGUCAGUGCUGUCGAUUCAUCCGUGCGCUCAGAGAAGACCCACAACACCGAGCUGACAGCCUUCGACCUCUGGAAUGACGACAGCGAGACCCACCGUGAGGUCCCACAGGAUGGAACCAGCGUGUCGUUCUCACACCCAGACCUGCCGUCGGAGGACUCCAUGUUUGUCCAUCCCUCCACUGUGGAGCAGUGCACCCAGUCGGCUUCUCUCCACACUCAGUCUACGCUGGGAACCCAGGAAGUCGAGGAGAGGAGAAUAACCAGGAGAGCGUUGAGACUUCUGUAUCACCUGAAACACAGCCAGACCGUCAGAGACCCCACGUUCAGCCUGGAGUCGCUCUGCAAAGGAAGCACUCGAUCGCAGGCCGCAACCACGUUCUUCUCGCUCCUCGUGCUGAAAAAGCAACAAAUCGUCCUGCUGCUCCAGAGCAGCCCCUACCAGGACAUCUCCGUGACUCCUGGGCCCAACUACUACGCUUAGGAAGUGACUGUAGCUGUUCAGUUCGCGGUGGCUCCAUGGACGUGUUGCAGUUCUGAGUCCACCGGAGGCGCGUUAGCAAGUUUAGCUAAACACAUCAACACACGCCCGAACGCUACAAGGCCGUUUCAGUUGUGUAGAGUUCGUGUUUGGUCUGUUUCUGUAGAAGGAAAUGUAUUUAUUUUUUUAAUUGUUCUCUGUAUGUUACUUUUAUCUGGUAUCAGCUGCGGCUUCUCUGCAGCCACGCGUUCGGUUGCCGUUUCUGUUUAAAGCGUCUCAGAUGUCCCCUGCAUGUGAGAGCAGCUCCAUUCCAGGUGUGAGGGACGUCCUGUCUGAGAGAGAAAAGAAAAGUGAUGCAUUACCAUAAGAAUAAAAAAGAAAUCAAAUAAUUUCUAAACCAGUAAAGUUUGAUUACACUGCACCGUUACAAUAACAAGUAUGUUGUUUUACUGAAACUUUUUCAGAGCAAAGAAACCCUUAAUUUUUACUCGUAUUGACACAACAAAGUGUUUCUCUCUGAAGACGAACCUUUAAGUCAUUAAAACUUAACUUUGGUUCAAGGCAAAGAGGAUGACUACAGGUUACCACAUACCGCCUACAUUCAGUGCUCUUAUUUGC